GCAAUGUUGUUAGUAAUUCCCUUUCCAAGUUUAUUUCUAUUUCCUGGAAUUCCCGUAGGAGGUUUGCAAUCCUACGUGAAAAGAACGUUAUCAAAGAAGUAAACGACUCCCAAACCACUUCAAGGUCUUCCCUGAUUUUACAUCUUACAGAUACAGGUUAAAGCACAAAUUUCAGAUUGAUGGCUUCUUCUCAUUCUCACCAAUGUGUAAGCAUUACCAGGAGCCAUACCCGACCUUCCACAACAUUUGAACAUAAUGGAGACAACAGUAUCAUGGAGAUGCCAUAACUAGCUGCAACUAGAGGCAACAGGGAGAGUCGGAAUGUAAAGUGGAAGUAUGUCUGCUAUGGAGGAGUAUGGUCCUCCAAGCUACAUAUCCAUUGACGAAACGGAUACACAUGUCUUAUCAUUUGAAAACAGCAACCUACAAAGAAACUUGACCCAAAUACCACAUCAACUUGCAAGAAACCUAAUAGCUGGGAGGCAAGUCAUUGCUAAUCCAGUGCUACCAUUGCAACCCUACUUAGCCAUGUCUGAUGUCAAUGCUAUGUCCACUCCUCCUUCGGGGCAGUUUGAAGUUCCGGCUCCAGGGAAUUUUGAUGUUCCAGACUCUGUUAAGGAAAUGUUGAAGGAUGACAUACAUGACCAAGAGAAGGCCUCUUUGGACAAUGCGACGUCAGAAUAUUACAGCGAAGAAAAUGGACAUUGUUUAUCUAAUGGGGUUGAUGAAGAUGAUCGGAAUACAAAUCAAGGGCAAACACAUGGUGAUGACAUGGGCGAGGAACAUGCGGAUGAUUCUCCAGAGUUAAGAAACAGAGGUGAGAGUGUUUCAUCCCAAAUGUCAAGGUCGUCUGUCAAUGAAGAUCUCCAGUCAAAGAGGGCUUCACUUGUUGAGUCGAAAAACAGGUACUGCUCUGUUGAGUACGACCCCUCAAGAAGAGAGUCAAUACCAGUUAUUUCACCAAGACCAAAUCUUUCUCGUACGACAGUGUCUUUUCAGAUGUUCAGCCGGCCGUAUCGAGAAGGAAAGUUUCCAGGGAGAGACUGGUGAAGCAGUGGAGUAAGAGUGCGCCAGACCUGCCUGAUUUGUUACAGUCUCUGAAUCCUCCUGAGGCCCACUCUCCUGACAUAGUGGAGUGCUCGGGAUUCAUGUUGAACACUGCCAGGAGACUACGGGCUCACUCAGAGGAGAUUCUGAAUACAGGAGCUGGUGACAAUAGACUGUUGAGUUCCAGUAACAAGGAGGAAAUCGAGGGGAAGGUGUACGAUGGCAAAUCCAGGAAGCACAGUUUGAAAAGGGCUGUCAGCUUUCAGGACAGCCCGCUAGUUUACAGCAUCCCACAGGAGAAAAGUCAAAUGCAGAAUCUCUUCUCACCUCAGGGUGAAGAAGCUCGAGAGUUUUUUCGCCACAGGUCGAGUGGAUAUGGCACUGGUAGCUCUUCUAAAGGCUCGCUACAGUCUGAGCUGAGUGAUCAAACUAACUACAGUGACUCUGUGAUAACAGACAAUAGUGUAGAUCAGGAGACACUCACGUCGGAUGAAGAAAAUAACCACACUUUGACCAGUGCAGGUCAAGAAGAUCUGUUGCCUUGUUUGAGUAUUUUUCGACCAGAUUCAUUGACUCCUUCAUUACGUGUGGAUGGUUUGGAAGACUCCAUCAAGAACAGUUGUGAAGAUGAGAAGAAGGGCAAUGUGCCAAAUUUUGAUUUGCUGGAGACAGGAAGUGUUCAGUUGCCCUCAGAUUUAACAGAGGGAUUGGCUUCAGGAACAGUUGCAGAAGAUCUAACCCAAGUAGCUGAAGGGUUAUAUUCGGAAAAUGUAACCCAAGGUGCUGAAGGGGGAUAUUCUGAAGAAAACAGCCCAGUUGAUAAAAAUCAGGCCAACCAUAAAGAAUAUGCAUUGAUGGUGCUGGAAGAUUACAUCCAAAGAAAUGACCCCAAAACAUGUUCAUGUGCUAGUUCGCUAAAAAAUCGUGCCACCUCAGCAUCAGGUAGUCUUGGAAUUUACCGGAAUGAGCCAUCCCAAGAGCUGAUUUAUCGGUACUUGAUGACUCUGGAAGAUCAUUCAGACAUUGACUCCAUUCUGAGCCAUGUGAACAAUAUGAUAGUCCCAUCUGACAGUUCUACCCCAUCUCCCAAUCUUCAGAUCAAGUGGACGCCAAAUUUGCACAGCCCUGAUGUCUUCAAAAGCUUUUUCCCAGUUUUGUCCAAUAUUAAAGAGCAGGAGGAGAGCAGUGAUCAGAAAGUGUCCCAGCAUGGCAAGCCACCCAUUAGCUCAAGACUCAUAGAGAAGCUGGAAAGAGCAGCUCGGUGCCAGGAGGAUCUGUGUCUGGACAAGGAUUGUGUUAGGUCCAAGAAAAUGCUGACAACAUUUGAGAACAAUAUCCAGCUACAGUCAAGCCUCGACAAGGAUCAGGAGACCAUUCUGUUGGCCUUGAGAUGUCAUGGAGAAAGAUGUGACAACAUCAAGUGCCCUAUGCCAUACUGUGCCUUGCUGAUUGAUGUGGAGCCCUGGGAUUCGAUAGAGGCUAUAUCUCGUAUCCGUCAGCAGCUGGAUAUCAUCCUGGAGAUGACCGAUAACAACACAGAGCCGGGCCGAUUCCUCAGUCUGAGUCCCAACUGCCGAUACAAUGGACCUGUACGAGAAGGAGAAGACUGGAUGGUGUUAUCUCCGCUCAGUAAAUCCCACAACGUUGUCCUCAUCACAGACAUUUCUCCUUCAUCUAGGGCUCCAAAUGUUCUGAAAAAGAUGCCCCUGCUGGACAUGGACCACCAAUGGCAGGUGUAUGAGAAGCUGCGGAGUUUGUCCCACCCCAAUCUGGUGGAGCAUCUGUGGAUCAUGGAACAAGGGAAGGACUUCCUCAUCUGCACACAGUUCAUGGGAGCUGGGAGUCUGCGGCAGAUUCUACGAGAGACGAAGAAGAAGCUGCCAUGGAAGACAACCGUCAACUAUAUGCAGCAGAUCAUCAGUGGUGUUCUAGCACUGCACGAAAGACAGAUUGCCUACAUCAACUGGACAGCUUGCAACAUCUUGCUGGAUGAGACACGCCAGGUGGCCAAGGUGUCGAACUUGUCCGUGUCAACGAGCCUUGAGUCCCACACUGUAGAUUAUGGGGGGAUGAAACAUGCAUUGCCAGCGGCCAUCUUGCCACCGGAGGUAGGAUCUGCAUUGCAAGUUUACACAGACUUAUAA